GCAAAUCCUAAUUCAAAGUAAUUUAAAAAAACGAAAAACCCUAAAACAUUCGAGUUUCAAAGAAGAAGAACAAGAACUCUCUCUCGAUCUGUCGCUCUCUUCCGCCCACGGCGGUGCCGCCGAAUCCCGCCGUAGCGCCGUCGCCGACGAACGCCGUGACUCCGUUUCCACUGCUGUCGCCGCCGGCUCAGAUUAGAGCGCAUUUUAGCUCAUUUUCUUAGAAUACGACAACUGAUUCUUCUGGGGGAAGUGAGGAAGAAGAAGUUCAGAGAAUGGAAUCUGUCAUUCCUAUAGAUAUUAGCUCAGAUAGUGACGUUGAAAUAGAAAAGCCCAUUGUGCAAGAGAACAGAACCAGGGUUAGUCCCCCAUGGUUAAAUUCCGGCAGUGAUAGAAGGGGUUCCUCUGCUGAAAGACCACGUGUUUAUAAUGGAAGCUCUUCCCAUGCAAAUAGACCUGCAAUUCCUGCUUCGAGCAAUGAUUACGAGAGGCUUUCAUCUCACCAAGCUCUUAAGAGAACCCUUCCGCCGUCUUUUAAUGUAUCUACACUUUCUUCAAGAUCUGACAGCUACAUAAGUAAUGGGAGUGGCAAUCACCGCCGUGAGGAUUAUAGUUAUCCAGCUGUGUCAGCUUCAGGCUAUAAUGGAGUCCAUGAUGAGAUAGGAAGUGUGCGUGGGAUUAAUGGGGCUAGAAUUCUACCCCCAUCUCUGACACACAGAACAUCUGCUUCUUCUUCACAAUAUAUUGGUCCAAGUGAUACCAUUAACAGGUUUGGAAUAGGUGAUGACAAGAAUUCUGGGAAUGAUGAGAGGCUGGUCUAUCAAGCUGCAUUACAGGAUCUGAAUCAACCCAAGACUGAAGCGAAACUACCAGACGGUCUUCUUUCAGUUCCUCUUCUGAGGCAUCAGAAAAUUGCUUUGGCAUGGAUGCUUCAGAAGGAAACAAGAAGUUUGCACUGUUUGGGGGGUAUAUUAGCAGAUGAUCAGGGCCUUGGUAAGACAAUCUCAAUCAUUGCUCUUAUCCAACUGCAAAAGUUCCAUUCAAAAUCAAAGCCUGAAAACUCUAAUAAUCAAAAAGCUGAAGCAUUAGAUCUCGAUGCUGAUGAUGAAUUAGAAGGUAAUAAUACUGUUCAACCAUUUGAGAAACCAGAAUCUAAAAGUGACAAAGAGGCAAUGUCUCUGGGUGUCGAUUAUAAGGAUCAGUGUGGCAGUUCGGGUUUGAAAAAUGCCAAGGAUGAAGAAGCUAGUACUUCGAGACAGACAUUUAACCGGAAGAGACCAGCAGCUGGUACCUUGGUUGUUUGUCCGGCGAGUGUUCUGAGGCAGUGGGCUAGAGAACUUGAUGAGAAGGUUGCGGAUGAAUCCAAACUUUCUGUUUUAAUCUACCAUGGCGGUAACAGAACUAAAGAUCCUGUUGAACUAGCCCAAUAUGAUGUGGUUUUAACUACUUACUCUAUUGUGACCAAUGAAGUUCCCAAGCAACCCUUGGUGGAUGAAGAUGAACUGGAUGAAAAGAAUACUGAAAAAUACGGGCUUACCUCUGGGUUCUCGACCGAUAGGAAAAGGAAAGAUGCAGCGGCUACCAGUAAGAAGAGCAAGAAGAAAGGUAGAAAACGCAUUGAUGAUUCUUCUAUUGACCCUGAUUGUGGGACUCUUGCCCGGGUUGGGUGGCUCAGAGUGGUACUUGAUGAAGCUCAGACAAUUAAGAAUCACAGAACCCAGGUGGCCAGAGCCUGUUGCAGUCUGCGAGCUAAGAGAAGGUGGUGUUUGUCUGGAACUCCGAUACAAAAUACAAUAGAUGAUUUGUAUAGCUACUUCAGGUUUCUAAGAUAUGAUCCAUAUGCUGUGUACAAGUCAUUCUAUCAUACAAUUAAGGUUCCAAUCUCGAGAAAUUCUCUCCAUGGGUACAAGAAGCUUCAAGCUGUUCUAAGGGCUAUAAUGCUGCGCCGUACCAAAGGAACAAUAAUUGAUGGGCAGCCCAUAAUUAAACUACCUCCAAAGACAGUUAAUUUGUCCAAGGUGGACUUUUCAUUAGAGGAACGGUCUUUCUACAGGAAGCUUGAAGCUGAUUCACGGUCUCAGUUCAAGGCCUAUGCUGCUGCUGGAACAGUGAAUCAGAACUAUGCUAAUAUCCUUUUGAUGCUUUUGCGACUACGCCAAGCGUGUGACCACCCACAACUUGUGAAAGGAUAUAACUCAGAUUCUGUUGGAAAAGUAUCAGAAGAAGCUGUUAAAAGACUCCCUAAGGAAGCUCGAAUUAACCUGCUCAAUCGUUUGGAAUCAUCAUCUGCCAUUUGUUAUGUUUGCAGUGAUCCACCAGAAGACCCUGUUGUCACAUCGUGUGGCCAUGUAUUCUGCUAUCAGUGCGUUUCAGAAUAUAUAACAGGGGACGAGAACAUGUGUCCUGUGCCUAAAUGCAGAGAGCUUCUUGGGCAUGAUGUUGUUUUCUCUGAAUCUACUCUUCGGAAUUGCAUCUCUGAUGAUUUAGGUUGCAGUUCAGUGGAUCAUUUCCCUGUUAAUUCAGUUCUGAAAAGUGAGUUCGGUUCAUCCAAAAUCAAAGCAGUCCUCGAUAUUCUGCAGUCAGUCUCUAAACCAAGAUGUCCAAACUCAGAACAGCAUGGUCAAGCGCCUUCAUCCUCUAAACCAGUUGAUGACGAUAUUGCCAUUGUAGAGCAAAAGAGCAUAUACUCAUCUUCACAUAUCCCAGGGCCGAUAAAAACUAUUAUAUUCUCUCAGUGGACUGGUAUGCUUGACUUGGUGGAGCAGUCUAUGAUUGAAAAUGAUAUAGAGUUCAGAAGGUUAGACGGUACAAUGAGUCUUGCGGCCAGAGACAGAGCUGUAAAAGAUUUCAACAACGAUCCGGAUGUAAAGGUGAUGCUGAUGUCUCUGAAAGCUGGAAACCUGGGGCUGAAUAUGGUGGCUGCAUGUCAUGUUAUUCUUUUGGAUCUUUGGUGGAAUCCAACUACUGAAGAUCAGGCUGUGGAUCGGGCACAUCGAAUUGGACAAACUCGGCCGGUGACGGUUACCCGUCUUACUAUAAGAGAUACCGUUGAAGAUAGAAUCUUAGCACUCCAGGAAGAGAAAAGGAAAAUGGUUGCGUCCGCGUUUGGGGAAGAUCAUGGUGGGGGGUCCGCGGCCAGGCUGACAGUGGACGACCUGAAAUAUCUGUUCAUGGUGUAGGAGAUGGUCAGUGUUCUACGGCACCACACCUGUUUUGUCCAAAGUUACACAUUUGUAGGAGAGGAGAUUAUGGUGGGGAAAUGGACCCUAAGUUUUGAACCCGGAGCUAUCUCUCUGGCUCUGGCUACACGCACGUAUAACUAAUUGCCUUCCAAUGCCGUGGCUCGUUGUCAGGUUGCAGCCUUUUUUGGUUUUUGGAGAUUAGAAGCCCGGCCUAGGUAAUUUUUUUUUGGUGUUUUUUCAGGUGCAGUGAUCAGAAACUGGGUCUUGCGUAAAUAAUCCUAAUCCUAACCCUUUCACUGUAUAUAUAGCAGACACUAUAUAUAUAUAUAUAUAUAUCAGACACUAUGGUGAAUGCAGCUGUGCUUCUACGUCUUAUUAUCUGUCUUUAAUGUCUCCCAUUUUAUUUGUAUGUAUUGGUAGUUUCUUCUGGUCG